CAGUUUGUGUGUGUGUGACAGAGAGGGACGUUUCUCGUGCCAAGCUGUGUUUCUAUUGCGUAUUCUAAAGUGGAACAUUAUUUGUUUAUAUUAGUUUGGUUAGUACCGUGUACGCUCGAAGUUACUGUGGCCAGCCCUGACUUUAACCUUCAAACACACGGUUCCUGCUGCAUACAUGUUGCUACUUCACCUGCGCUGUUACCAACGCACCUACCGCCUCUCUGUUGAUUCGUGCCUACUGCUCCAACGAAGGAAAUAAUAAUAAUAAAAAAAAAGAAUAAUUACCUCCGUUUUCUGCCUACCGCUCCACCAACACACGCAACAAGGCUGACCUCUGUCGGCCAACAGUACAGUGACGGUUUCAGCUUGGGAGGAAGAUGGUGAUCGGUUUAGUCUUCGGAAAGAAACUCUUUAAGUUUCCAGUGCUGAUAAAGUGUUUUACAGGUCUAAACUAUGUGUAACUAGGCAUGUCUGUGGAGUUAGCGUGAUGGUGCAAUUCAACAGGUGAAAUGUAGGUGAUGUCUCAAGCUCUUCACCAAAGGACUGGGAAAUCUAAGAGAAUUUUGUAUGUGAAGGUAACCAAGAAGAAGAUGGCGUCAGUGUUGCAGUGGAAGUUGCAUCGCCUGUGCUCGGUCCCGAGACUGAUUAUACUGGUUGUAGUGAUAAUAGUUCUUAUUCUGCUACUGAAGCCGACCGAGGUAGAUUAUGGCUUCCUUCCCUACAAGCAGGAACUCUUCGACACUGUUGCUAACAGUCCCUUUAACGGCUUCAACAAUGAAACUGGUACUCAGGAUGGAGAAUAUAUUGUUCCAAACAUUGUCCAUUUCUUAUUUUUUGAUAUCAGUGAAAUAUCUUUUGUGGAUGCAGUUUGUGUAUUGGCAGCAUUUAAGAAUCAGCGCCCAGAGAAGAUAUACUUCCAUACUAAUGUGGCAGAAUUCAAAGGCCCUUACUGGGAGAAACUGGAGAACACGCCGGGUUUGACCAUAACAGUCAGGAAAGUGGCCCUACCAGAUACAAUAUUUGGACAGAAAUUCAGUUCAUCAUAUUACCGAUGGCACGCUGGGGAUGUUGUGCGAAUAAAGAUCCUAAUGGAAUAUGGAGGAAUAUUCUUAGAUAACGAUUCGUAUUUAGUGAGAAGUUUAGACGAAUUUCGUAAAUUUGAAAUGACGUUAGGAUGGCCUGAGGGACAGUACUUGGGAACGCAGGUGUUGGUGGCCCAUAAGGAUGCCAGGUUCCUACGUCUCUGGCUUGAAACUUACAGACAGUAUUAUCCUAAUCGGUGGUACUUCAAUGCUGGAGAGAAACCUACAAGAGAAGUGCUGUGGUUCAAACCUGAAUUGGUGCAUCGAGUGAAGGUACUAUUUGGGGUACAAGGCCUUAGUGAAGAACUGUACAGGACAGAGGGUUGGUAUGAGUGGCGCCGUUUUUAUGCAGUACACCUCUUGAUCAGACAUCGCUGGUACCUGGACAGUUUGUGGAAUAUGUUUUGGUGGCCACGACUUAAUGAAAAUAACAUCCUUGACUACCCCAAAACAUUUGGUGAAAUGGCCAGGGAUGUUUACUUCUAAUAAACAGCUGACGUAUAUUCUUAUUUAUUGAACAGAACUUCACAGACUGUAAUGUUGUGUUUAAAGCAACACUUUUAUGUGAUGUAUGACAUUUCAUUGGAUGUCCAGCCACGGUUACCGUGGCCUGGAUGGUACUUACGAGGGAGAGUCAGUAAAUAGGUCAAAAAUUGAAAUAAAACAGCUGUAAUGGAUGUAA